CGAAUGUCGCUGAGCAGCGGAUGUACAUCCCUCGCCAGUUCUCAUUCCAAAUUCACUCGAUGAUCAUGACUGAAUUCUUUUUAAGAAAGAUGCCAUCAACCUCUAGUACAUGUCUCAUAUAUGUAUCCUCUUGUGCAACCUUGAGCUCCGCCCCUAUAUCUAUCAUAUCAAAGAUGUGUCUCCUCCAACUGCAAGCAGUCUAGAAUCAUAACUCUUGAUGUCGAAGGCUUGGGUGUCCAGGAGAUUAGUUAUCCCAGCCGAAACUCCAAGAUUAGUGAGAGGAAGGUAUCCGCUUUCCAUCGCUCCCCGAUCCCUUCGAGGGAAGAGAGGAGGAGGAGAUGAGGGCGGUGAGGGGAUCCGUGGUUUCGUCAAGGCCGAUCUCCAUCUCCAAGGCGGCGGCCAUCCUCGCCCGCUUCGCCGCUGCUAAGACGGGGGCCCGGCCGGAGACCGCCGCCUACCUGAGGCGCGCCUCCACCGCCUUCGACGAGCUCGUCCAAUUCCACCGCGAGAUCAAGGCCGUCCGGAGGAGAACCGAGUUCGAUGCCCCGAGGAAGGAGGACGACGACGGCGGCAGCGAUGGCUUGAAAGAGGAGAAGAAGAGGAGGGGGAAGAAGAAAAAGGAGAAGGCUGGGAUGGAAGACGGUAAACUGCGUGGAGAGAUUGGCGCCGUGGAUGGUAGGGAUUCGAUGGAGGAUGAGGGAAACAGUGGAAGAGGAGUCGGAUUGGAGUUGGAGGAUAGGAGAGAUGGGAAGAGAAAGAAGAAGAAGAGAAGGAGGGAGGGCGAGGAGGGGGACAAGGGCAAUCUUGAGAGAAAGGAGGAGGAGGUGGACGAGGAAAGGCAUGGGCAAAGGAAGAAGAAGAAGAAUAAGAAGAAGAAGGAUAAGGGAGAACGAGAAGAGGAAGGAGUUGGAGUCGGUUUGGAUGGUGAGGGAAGGGAUGGAGAUAGGAAAGAACGAAGAAGGUUGGACAACGAAAUCGAGUGGCGCAAGAAGAAGAAAAAGAAGAAAAGGAAGGAAAUCGUGAAAGAGGAUUAGAAAAUCUGACAAGGAGGUCUUGGAUUUCAUUGUUAUUUUUGUGACAAAAAUGCAUCUUUGUUUUAUUAUUAUCUUCCCCUCCAAAAGAGGACAUUUUUAGAAAUACUCAAAGACGGGCAUCACGCUAUUGUGAUUGCUUGUGAUUUCAUUGUCAAAUGAAAGAUUUGUGGAUGGCUUGUUACAAGUAGUGGCUGGAUUUCCUACAUUCUACAGCAAGCUUUACAAUUCACAAUCAACCUGGUGGAGCUUGAAUUGAAUAGCAUUGUAUCUGUCUUCUGAGGUCACUUACGAAAACUUCCAGCUUGUAGUCCACCUUGAGCGUGAGAUAUAUGUUUCAGACGUGUCUGAUAUGCUUGAGUGCUGCUGUAAUGUAGUUAUUCUGUAAAGAUGAUUUUUCUGCUAUAAUUCGUUACAUUUUAGGUGAUGGGCUUUAUAGGAAGAGGGCUCUCCAUUUUUGAGAUCUAAAACAAUCUAAUAUCCUUGUAUCAAUUGAUCUAUUUGCCAUUCUACUGUAUUAUACUAGU